AUGAUCGAAAAGUUUAACAAGUAUUGGGAAUAUAGCAGCUUCUUAUAUAUGACUGCAUGUAUUCUUGAUCCUCAUUACAAAUUGCAAUUCAUUUCAUAUUAUUAUCGUGAAAAGGAAAAAUUGUCAUUGUAUAAUCUUAAUGAAAAAAUGCAAGACAUUCGAUUAAAGUUUGAAGAUUUAUAUCUUUGUAUAUAUUAUUCCCCAUCAACUAGUGAUCAUGAUAAUAGAAAUAUUGUUAAUACUGAAAAUAAUACCUCAAUGUUUGAAAAUCAUAUUGAUAAUUUCUUUGAAUAUGCUGCAAAACAAACCUGGGCUAGCAAAAAUGAUCUACUUUCUGAAGUGAAACAAUAUUUAGAUGAACCAAUUGCUUUGAAAAAUAUCAAUAUACUUGAAUGGUAG